AUGGGGCCCCCCUGGGCCCCUGGUGGGCCCCCAUCUGGGGCUGCAGCAGCAGCAGCAUCAGCAGCAGCAGCAGCAGCAGCAGCAGCAGGUGUUGCUGCUCGUUCCUACCUCGAAACUGGUGAUGAAGAAGAGCAGCAGCUUGCUGCUGCAGUGCAGCAGCAGCAGCAGCAGCAGCAGCAACAACAACAGCAGCAACAGCAACCGUGGCCCCAAGAACUGCUGUUACACCAUCAGAGCUAUCAGCAGCAGCAGCAGCAGCAGCAGCAGCAGCAGCAGCCCAAGCUGGAUCUUAUUCUGGUGCAGCCGCCUCGCUAUGAAAAGGAAACAGCAGCAGCAGCAGCAGCAAGUGCUGCUGCUGUUGCUGCUGCUGCAGGUUCUCAGGUUGAUGCUGACAGGAAAGAUGAUGCGGCAGCAGCCGCAGUUGCAGGCGACGCUGCAGCAGCUGAAUCGGGGGGGUUAGAAGAGCAGCUGGCGCUGCUGCGGGUUGCUGCAGCAGCAAAAGAUGCAGCACUAAGCGUAGAGAGACAGCAGCGGCAGCAGCUGCAGCUGGAGCUGGCUGAGGCACGUAGGGAUCUGCUGCAGCAGCAGCAGCAGCAGGAGGAGCAGCAGCAGCAGCAGCAGUUUCUGCUGCCUCAUCUGGGUGUUGGUGUUGAUAUACAGCAGACACAGACACACAGGCUGCAGCAGCAGCUGCUGCAGAAGGAGCAGCAGCUGCGAGGCCUUGCUGCAGCUCUUGAUAGCUUCAGGGCGCAGAGUAGAGCAGCAGCAGCAGCACUGCAGCAGCAGCUGCAGCAGGCAUUUGAACGGGUGGCAGAGGUAUGCUGCUGCUGCAGAAGCUGA